ACAGGUGGACAGUGUAGUAUAUACAGUGGGUGACUGUCUGCUAAAUUUGACUCGUACUUCAGCUGUGGCAGUAUAUGGGUGGUUAUACACAGAGGUGUACUUUUUUGCAUGGUCAACUUCAGUACAUGUAUUUUUUUAUCCACCAAUGUUGUAUGUUUUAUUCCAAAGUAUCAUUGUAAUUAGCAUAUUGUAUUUGAAUAAAAUUCACAAUUAUAACACUGUGGGUUCUCCAGAUAAAUACUUUGAGCAAGAAAUGCGUUGGUUUCUUAGGUUAUUCUUCGCGACGAAAUGUGACAUGCAUUGACAGUGUCUUUUCGACCUCCGUUUUUUCAUUGCCACGAAUGCCUUACCUUGGUUUUUUAUACAUUCCAUAGCAAAUGAAAUCGCGUUUUUUGGGGUGAUUAGCAAAUAAAACACAUUUAUCUUGUGUUUCCUUGGAAAAUAUCGCUUCCAGUUAUUUGUUAGUCGGACGAACAUUGUCCGUCAUCCGCUACAUAAAUCUUUGAAUGUUCUAUUUUGAGAAAGAAAUAAAAGUUACUUGAAAUUUUUGAAGUCACUGUGUCUUGUUUGUUGAUGUUUUUAAUGUGAUCAGUCAAGAAUGGUCUUGCUUUCCGUUGUUUUCGAGAAAAGACAAUUAAAAAUAAUGUACUUCGCUUUCUGUCCGAAGUUACGCCCGACACACAGGCGUGUGUAAACCCCCAAAAAAACGGGCUAUUUAUAGAAAACGUGCGGUCUACGUCAUCAGUUCGGCAGCUAAACGUCAUUUCCACCAGCGUCUCUGUUGACAAGCAGAUGACAAGAUGGCUCGAUGGAAGUUAAGGGAGUCUGUCAAGACACCAGGAGAUUCUGGUCAAGCUCGUAAAAAGACAACAAAUGCCGAAAGAUGCAAAGCUUACAGAGAAAAGGCAAAGCAGAGUGAUAGCUAUAGGACGUCAGAACAACUACGAAAAAAACUGUUCCGAAGUAACAGGACUGAGGAACAAAAAGCACACGAUCGAGAACUGGCUCGACUUCGGAUGGCCAAAAAACGAGCGUUAGACAAACAGACUGAAACACACGCACAAGCAAAAAAAUCUGUAGGGAGUGGAGAGAAGCUCAACAAAAGUACAGAAAAGUGCAUGUCGUACACCAAGAAAAGAAAACUCCUGCACGAGUCGGGUGUAAUUUUGACGCCCAAUAAGAAGCGAAGAAUUGAGUUUUUGGAAUGCACAAUGACCACAUUUAAGGAGUAUUAUCAGAAAUUGAAGGAAUCAAGGAAAUCCAAAGACACAAAGCAACGACGUGUACUGGGUUGUCAUGUAGCUCGAAUGAAAAAACACAAGAGAAAAUGCUGUAUCGAAAUGGGAAUUCGGUGUGCAACACUUAUUAAAUGGUCAAAGCUUGAUGAACCUACCAUGAAGAUCCACAUUCCCACACAUGAAGCUGUGCAAAACUUCUACAUGAAGCCUUACAUCUCGUACAUUCAUUCAGGCAAAAAAGCUGUACUCAAGCAAUUAAAUAAACAAAGACAAACAAUGACCAGAACCCUUCGGUCUGCAUAUGAAAUUUACAAGUCUGAAAAUCCGAAUAUAAAACUGUCCUACAGCAAAUUUACUAAACUCAGACCUAAGCAUGUUCAAACUCAAGACCGUGGCAAGUUUUUUACAUGCUUAUGUGAAAAGUGUGUAAAUAUAGAAAUGAAGCUGAAGGCAAUCAACUCAACAGGUGAAAGACAGUUGGGGAAUAAGUACGAAGCAACAGGGAUCACACUGUGUGAUUACCCCAAAGGCUCUCUGCCAAACAUAAAAUGUGCUAAAAGGCAAUGCCAUCAGUGUGGCACCAAGAUGUUGAAAGAACGGCUUCACGCAGAACUGUCAUCUAAGGCACAAGUCAUGUGGCUGCAGUGGGCCAACUGCAAAGUGGAAGACAAGGAAAGCAAAACUCUGAAAACCAGGAAAGUCUUACAAAAAAAUGAGGGAGAGGUGAGGUUGUUGGCAGAGAAGCUGAUUGAUGACAUGGAAGAUUUCAGCUACCAUUUGUUUUGUGCCACGUGGCAAUAUCAACAAUAUUCAGAGAUGAAAGAUAACCCUCAAGUUGGCCAUGUAAUUGCAGUUUUAGAUUUUGCAGAGAAUUACACAUGUCACUUCCAAAAUGAGUGCCAGAGUGCACAUUGGUGCAAAACACAAGUGAUGAUCCAUCCAGUUGUGUGUAUCUACAGAAAGGUAGGCAAUACACCCAGGACCCACGAAAUAGUAUUCAUCUCUGAUGAUUUGAAACACGAUGCUCACAUCGUCAACACCAUUUCAUCUCAGACGCUCCAAAUACUCAAAGAUGAUUGUGUCAGUGUGACGAAAAUGGUCCAGUUCACAGAUGGAUGUGGCUCACAGUACAAAUCAAAGGUCCCCUUCCUAGAUUUGAGCUAUUCAAAAGAGGACUUUGGCGUGAAGUUUGAGCGACACUUCUUUGGCUCGGGACAUGGCAAAGGACCUGCAGAUGGUUGCAGUGGGGUCAUAAAAUCAGCAGUGACAAGAGCAGUCAAGACUGGACAAGCAGUUGUGCGUGGUGCUGAAGAGUUUUUCUCUCACUGCAGUCAACACCUGGCAAGGGAUACUGAAGACUUCAAGCGGCCCUUUCACUUUCUUCAAAAGAAGGACAUUAUACGUGACAGACCUGAUAGAACAGCAGCAAUGACAGUUAAAGGGACAAGACAAAUACAUUGUGUUCAGCCUGUAAAACCCAAAACUAUACGGACCAGAGGCUUGAGCUGUGCCUGCCUAUGCUGUCAGACUGGAAGUGGGGAAUGUUUGCGCAUCACAGUUGUGGGUCCCUGGGAAACCAGAGGAGUAGGAGUGUCCAAAGAAGCAAGCUCAGGUGUAACCUCCACCAGCCCUGCACCCAUGAACCCUGAUUUGGAGCCUUCACGCCCAUCAGCCCGUACAACACCCAUGGUUGUGUAAGAAGAGGUUGAUGAAAUUAUGGACUUGUUCCCACAAUUGAGAGAUAUGACAGAUGCCUCACUUGUUGACAGGUAAUAAAAUAAAAUAAAAAUGCAACACCCUUCCUCACCUAAAGACGUAGUGAUUUAAUGCAUGGCAUAGUAGAUUUAAUGCAUGGCAUAGUAGAUUUAAUGCAUGGCAUGUACACUAGCCAGAUUUGCAAAUUAUUAGAAAAUUUAGUGAAGUACAAAACUGACAGUGCUGACUGACUUCACAGAUGGCAGAAAAAUGUAAGGGCUUCUAUAGUACCAUUGCCAUCUUGGUGGCUAAUGUGUGGGGAAGUUGUCAGUGACUUGCCAAUGGUCGAUGUUUUACCCCAGUUUGUUGAAUGGGCUACCUCCACCUGUAGUUAUUCAUUAACGCUGACUCCCAUGAAAUAGUCUUCACUCUGGCCUUUUGUAUGGAAUCCCAAUCAAACAACCCAUUUUGGUGUAGAUACUAUUGAACCAUCAUGGCAUGCAGUCUUCCUGAUCACAGGGCAGAUUUCUCAAAUGAAUAUUGCAUACUUAACUAAUCAGCUGAUGAGAGAAAGCCCUGUUCACUUUACUAUUCAACAAUGUAUGGUACACUACAGAACAACGGGCAGUUAUCUCAAAGUUCAGCAUGGGUUAGAGUUGUAUCCCGCUGUCGUAAGUACUGGUUUAUGUUGAAGCGUUGUUUAUUGUUUCUUUCUUUCAUUUAUAUUUUGGUUUGCUGACUACCAAGCUGUCUGUUGAUUGAUAUUUUUAAUGUUUUUGUUGUCUUUAUCUUGUGCCUAUCAAAAUUUUUGAGCAAGGAAAAGACUGAUUGUUCGGUGUUUUACACUCAUUAGCGGCAAGUAAAAGUGAGCAUAAUCAUCUUGAAUUUUGGACUUCUGAAAGUAUAUGUACAUGUAUGAUGUUUUAGUGAAGAACAUUUUCUUCUUGGUCCAUUAUCUGGCUGUUUUUGGGUAUUUAGAUGUAAUGCCCUUCAGGAGGAAAGAUCAUUCAAAAUACUAGCUGCAAAUCUGACAUUAGGUCUCAACUAUUGUUGUAAAAAAUUGCAUACUUCUGAUAAUUUUUUUAAACAUGAAUGUUUUUGAAAAUGCAGUCAUUGAAAUUUACCAGAUGUCUGCAUGUUUCAGGUGGUUGAUGCUCCUGCAGAAUAUGAAGAUCCACCGAAAGGCACCUUCUAUGCACACUAUUUCCAUCCCAGUAUCAACAACCAAGAUGAAUGGACAAUGGACGAAACCAUACACCUUAUUACUGUCGAUGAGGUGGUCCAUAGCCUGACACCCCCCGACAUUCUUUCUCAUGGACAACGUGUCGUGUAUAUUUUUGAGGACUUCUAAUUUACACAGUCUUCUUCCUGUCAGCAAGAGAAGUCAGGAGAUCCAGGUUCAAGCCAGUAUAAUGUGACUGGGUGGGGUUUAUAGGCUACGUUAACACCCUUUUUUCACUGUACAUUUGAAAGCCUUCAGAAACCUGUUCUUUCGACAGACAACAGCAUUGUGAUCCAAGUACCUCUGCCAGGGCAUUUUCAGCCAAUCAAUCGAUCGUUCGGUAUAAGUGGGAAUUUCCUUAUUUAGAAAUAGCUCUAGAUAUCUGUACACCUUCACUACCACUAUGGGGUGGAACAUUCUAUUUCAUUCUUGUGUAGUAGUGCCAGAGUUCUGCCAUCUCAAAUCUGACACCUUUCUCUUUUCCUCAGUUUUGGUUCAAAUUCCUGAUUUAAGUGUACGCAUCCCAACCGGAAGUGCUAGUAGAAGAUGGGGAGCCAUCAUAAACAUAAACAAUAUAAUGAAAUUUAAAAAGCAACAAGGAAAAGGCAACAAACUCCAACGUUGGUAGCUGUCAAGUAAAGAAUGAAGCCAAAUUAGCACGCUGUGGUUGAGUAGUUGGUACAAAACAGGAGGCUAAAAUAAUUAUUGACACACUUUCAUAUGUUGCUUGUUUCCUACAAUAGUGAAAAGAAUAGUUCUCACUUUAUACUAAUAUCCAAUUUAUGUGUCCGUCUUGUGUUCGUCCAACAUCUAAGUUGUCCGUCUUAUGUUCAUCCAACUUAUAUUUUGUUUUGUUCAAGUGCUUAUUUUAUGGACAAGAUCAGUUUUCAGGCAUUUUUUUGUAUGAAAUCAUUCUACUAGCAACUGUUUACAUUUUCUUAACCAGCUGCAUUUAAGGGCAAUAUUAUUUGGACAUUUGGAGAGGGCACUGUCCGUCUUGUGUUUGUCCAACAUAAAGUAGGUAUUUCUGUAAAAUAUACUAAUUCAGACAUUUUUGCAAACUUUUUUACUUUAGAAUUGGUUUGCACUCUCAAACAAAUGCAUUUUUAAUAAACUUUUCCAUGAAAAGCUAUUAUUGUGUAUGAAAUUCACUUGUGUGUCUGUCAAUGUUCGUCCAACAUACUAAAACCAUCGACUAUUCUUGGAUUGUUAUAGGUCAACAGGGCUGCUUAGUUAUCUAAUAGAUAUGCUUUUCAGAAAAUAUAAUGAUUAUUUUAUGUGAAAAACAAUUCAUAAUGUGAAUCAUGGUAUUUUGAAAAUUUUUUCAAUUGUCACACAUCAUGGUACACCUUUGCAUAUAAGCACCCAUAUACAAGUGGACAGUGUA